AGUUCCAGACAGCUAGCCUCCCGGUUUCAUGAACAGUUUGUAGUUCGAGAUGAUCUGAUGGGUCUGGCCAUCGGAACUCAUGGCGCCAACAUCCAGCAAGCCCGUAAAGUUCCUGGAGUCACAAACAUUGACCUGGAUGAAGAGACCUGCACCUUCCACAUCUACGGGGAGGACCAGGAUGCUGUCCGCCUAGCCAGGAGUUUCCUUGAGUUCUCAGAAGACAUCAUUAAAGUUCCCCGGAACUUAGUAGGCAAGGUGAUCGGCAAAAACGGCAAACUGAUCCAGGAAGUCGUGGAUAAGUCAGGUGUGGUGAGGGUUCGAAUCGAGCCGGAGAACGACAAGAAGCCCUCUGCAGCGGCGGCAGCAGCUGUGGACGAGGUCCGUGCAGAUGAAGGAAUGGUGCCGUUUGUGUUUGUGGGGACAAAGGAAAGCAUCUCCAACGCUACAGUGCUGCUGGACUACCACCUGAACUACCUGAAGGAAGUGGAUCAGCUGCGUCUGGAGCGCCUUCAGAUCGAUGAGCAGCUCAGACAGAUCGGAGGAGGAGGCGGAGGAGGAGGAGGAGGGGCGGGACCCCGAAACCUGAAAGACAAAGCCUACGUGUUUGAUAACGGCAUGGGGAUGGGGAUGGGCCGAGGAGCUGGAGGAGGAGGAGGAGGGAAAACCUACGCAGGAGGAAGAGGUGGACGGGGACGGCGAGGGGGAGGAGCAUCUUUCACAUCUGGCACCAACUCAGAGGCGUCCAACGCUUCAGAGACUGAGUCAGACCACAGGGAGGAGCUCAGCGAUUGGUCGCUUGCUCCCACUGAGGACCUGAUGACGGGAGGCGGGACUCUGCCAAGAAGGACGGACGGCAGGAAGAGAGGAGGCAGCAGUGGUCUGAGGGGACGAGGCGGGAGAGGAAGAGGAGGAUAUAAAACUGUAGGUGAAGACAUGCAGUGGAGCGACCCAAGACCUCGCCAUGUUCGAGACCCCAAAACCAGAGCCCAAGAGGACACCUUACAGAUUCGCAUCGAUGGAAACAACGAGCGCAGCGUGCAGCACUCGUCAGGUGGGCGAGGAGGAGGAGGAGCAGGAGGAGGAGGAGCAGGAGGAGGGGGGCCGUCCUCGUCUCAGAGCGGCCUCGGCGUCGGAGCGGAGGGCCAGUCCCGUCAUCACCACCAGAGACCCAUUAGAGAGCGAGGGAUGAAGAAGGACAAACAGGACGCUCCUACUCUGGUGAACGGAGUGUCGUAGAUGAAUCCAUGAUGGAGGACCUUCUCACCGCACACACUCAGAAACACACAACUCAUCACCAGACGCAACACAACCUCUGCUUUUCUUUUUCCUUUCCUCUCUACUCACCUGUCCACCUGCAUGGAAGUCCAGUCCUGAACCUCGGCUGCUCUGGGAUCUUCUCACUCCCUCUGGUGUCUCCUGUUGUUCUCUGGAGUCAACAAGUUGUUUUUUUUUAACACACACUGACACACACACACACACAAAAAGAAAAAACAGACUAAGCCUCAUUUGUGACAGAAUCAUUACCAGAAGGAUUGUCCCAUUCCAGUGCAUUAAACCAACCAUUCUGCUACUACCCAUCAGACAUGUUGACCAGAGGAACGCUGGGAGCUUUCAGGUGAAAGCAGGAGCGACCAGUGUGUGUUUUAUCAGUCAUCUUUUCACUAGUGUUCUCACACACACACACACACACACACACACACACACACACACAGCAACAUUUUUAUAAAACCAUUCUUCUCACAGUCUGCAGGGGUCAAAAACAAACAACUUCUUUAUGUGGGAAAAGUUCUGCAGACGCCACUUUGAUUUUAAACUCCUGUUCAAGAUGGCAGCGCUAACACAAGCUAAUCUCUGUGUUCUGUUUCAUUCAAUAAACCUAAAUCUGUUCAGAAGGAAA